AUGGUGCUGGAAUUGGAUCUUUUUCGCGAAGACAAGGGAUUUAAUCCCCAGAAAAUUCGUGACGAUCAGAAAAAACGCUUUAAGGACGUUGGUUUGGUAGACACUGUUAUCGAAAAGGACACACUUUGGAGACAGCUGCGACAUCGAGCCGAUGGUUUAAAUAAACUAAAAAAUCUAUGUAGCAAAGAAAUUGGGGAGAAAAUGAAGAAAAAAGAGCCGCUAGGAGAUGAUCAACCUCCUCCGCAAGAAAUUUUGGACGAUUUGGACAAGAUCAUCUCGGAUAACCUCAAAAGUUUGACGGUCAACCAAAUCAAAAAACUUCGGGAUCGAAUUGAUGAGGAAAUCGGGAAAAAUAGUGCUUCUUUAGUUCAAGUAGAGGCUGACAGAAAUGCUGCUCUUAGGGAAAUUGGAAAUCACCUGCAUGAAUCUGUUCCAGUCAGUAAUGACGAAGAUGAAAAUAAGGUGGAGAGAACAGUUGGCGAUUGUACGCAGAGGAAAAAAUAUUCGCACGUCGAUUUAAUUCACAUGAUCGAUGGAAUGGAUGGAGAUCGAGGAACGGCUGUUUCUGGCGGUAGGGGAUAUUUUCUAACUGGUCCGGCAGUCUUUCUCGAACACGCGCUCAUUCAGUUUGCCCUCAGAAAAUUAUUUAACAAAGGAUACAAACCUUUGUACACUCCCUUCUUUAUGAGAAAAGAAGUGAUGCAAGAGGUCGCACAAUUGACUCAAUUCGAAGAGGAAUUGUACAAGGUAAUUGGCAAAGGUAGUGAACAAGAAGGUGACAAAACGGUUGAAGAAAAAUUCUUGAUCGCAACUUCCGAGCAACCGAUUGCGGCCUAUCAUCGAGGAGAAUGGAUAGCAGAAAAUGGACUGCCAAUCAGAUACGCCGGACUUUCGACCUGUUUUAGACAGGAAGUUGGCUCUCACGGAAGAGACACUCGAGGAAUCUUUCGAGUUCAUCAAUUCGAAAAGGUAGAACAAUUUUGCCUGACCUCGCCACAUGACAACAAAUCCUGGGAAAUGAUGGACGAGAUGAUCGCAAAUGCAGAAGAAUUCUACAAGGAUCUCAACAUCCCCUAUCGUAUUGUAAAUAUUGUUUCCGGGGCUUUGAAUCUCGCAGCUUCGAAAAAAUUGGAUCUCGAGGCUUGGUUCCCUGGCUCUGGAGCAUUCAGGGAACUUGUCUCGUGCAGCAAUUGUCUCGAUUAUCAAGCAAGACGGUUGCUUGUGAGAUACGGUCAAACGAAAAAAAUGAACGCUUCGACGGAAUACGUUCACAUGCUGAACGCGACAAUGUGCGCAGCGACGAGAGUGAUUUGCGCCGUUUUGGAAAUAAACCAAACCGAGACGGGCAUCAACGUUCCAGAAGCACUCGCGCAAUUUAUGCCGGCUCAAUAUCAAAGCGAAAUUCCAUUCGUCAAACCUGCGCCCAUCGACAACGAGACUAAAAAGCAGAAGAAGCAGUCCCAAAAUCCGGUAAAGUAAGUCAAUCGUAACUCGAAAGUAUAAAAAAAAAAACAACUUCCUUUUCAGACUCUUAAUUGUAAAAGUAGAACAAAGCUAAUUUAUUUUAUAUCGCUACAGUGAAAGUUCUUUUAUACAAUAAAAUUAAUUUCGCACGAAAAUGAAACGAUGAGUUUCGCCUGGAGUUGAAAAAUAAAUGAAAAUAUCACAUUU